GACACGUUAUCACAUAUGUAUAUUGUCUAUCGUAACACGCUCUUAUCAAAAGUAAAGUCGAUUUAAUAAUCUGCACAAUCCAUAUUGAAAGAAAAAAUUCACUUCACGUGUGAACAAUUGUAAAUUUUGCCUGAUAGUACAUUAUCAUUGUUUUCGGAAGAUACGAGUUGACAUUUUUUCGUCUGAGUAUACACCGAGUUGUUCGAAAACUCGGUAUUUUUUAAUCUUCUAUAGAUCUUACGCGCCAGAGAAGAUAACAAUGCAUUUAUAGAUUCAUCGUACAUUUUUGGAAGUGCAAUUAGCAAUAUUAGCAAUUAGCAGUUUAUUUGAUUUUAAAAUACAACUCGUUUUACACGAUGAAAAAAAUGAUGAAUUAAUUUUGAUAUCAACCACUUAUAAUAUUAACUACUAGUGAUAUUGCGUACUGAACGCCACGAAACUACAUUUCCUAAAUAUUCAGACAUCCCAUGUAGCUCUCUGUACGGGUCGCAUAGAAACAUGCAUGGAAACAUUUUUUCUCCUCUUUUUUUCUUUUUCGGAAAAUUAACAUCUGAUGAAUAUGGUGUAUAAUCAUAAUGAAAGACAACGGAAUCGACAUUCAUUAUUACACGUUAAAAUAGUCAGCGAAUUCUUGUAACAUGCUGAACAAGAAAAUGCUAAAAGAGAACAUGUAGUUAUGGCGUGUCUGCUGAUAAAUUUUGGACGAGUACUUAUAUGAUCCCGUUUCCGAAAUUGUCCGCUCGAAGAGACAACAAAGGAAUAAACGCAACUGGCUUAUUAAUCUUGCAAGGAAAUUGAUGCUUAUCCAUUCUUUCACAUUAUUGGCAUUUCUUCAUUUGGCGGAAAAAAGUUUACCUCGAAGCCGGCACAAUGUGUUCGCGAUCAGUCUGCUAUACGCGUUCGACUCAUGUUGAAGUCUGGCAAGUCAUGCAAGUAACGGAACUCACUCGAGCGUCAAACAUAAUAAUUUGGAACAGAUGGUUUUUGACAUGUUUGGGCAUCUGGCCGACCAAGGUGAAUCAAUUUUUGUUCCUGGUCUUUAUCGGAUAUAUGAUAACAUACAGCAUUAUGGCAGUGAACCAUUUGAUUAAUCAUAUCAACUAUCCGGAACACGUCGUCGCGAAUUUAGCGGCUAACAUUUUGCUCGUUAUGAUACUGGGAAAGAUGUGCGUGUGCAGACGCAGCUGCGGAAUAAUGGCCGAUAAGUUUCUCAAAGUCAUCGAGAAAGACUUUUUAACAGAGAGCUAUGACAGUGCCCAGGAGAAAACUGCAUACCUGCGUUAUAAUCAUAUUGCGUUGUUAUUUGUAAAGCUCUCGAUGACCAUGACAAUAACUGCGGCCACACUGUAUUACUGUAAAGUAUUUUUCAUAAAUUGGAACACAAUGGUAUCGGGUAAUUUCACAUUUGAUGAAUUACCAUAUCCGGUUGAUCCUUUCUUUGAAGUGAAAGACUCAUCUACCUAUACAUACGUUUGUAUUUAUCUGGCGCUAGCCGUGCCACUUAUAAUAUGCGGUUACGGCGCACCAGAUGCAUUUGUACUCAGCAUGACCUUUCAUAUUUGUGGUCAACUUGCCGCAUUAUCGUGUAAAAUCGACAUUUUAUUAAAAGACCGUGAGAAUUAUCAUCGUCACAUCAGUAACAUUAUAAUAAGGCAUCAUCAACUGAUAGCAUUAGCAGAGAUCUUGGAAAACAAUUUCAAUCUAAUGUUUCUUCAGCAAACUCUCGGCACUGUAUUUUUACUCUGUUUAACUAUAUAUCAUGUACUUGCGAUGUCAGAGUAUGGCGCUGACAUCAAUCUUAUAACAUUUAUACUCUAUACAGGUUGUGUACUCUCUACAAUUCUCGCGUAUUGCUAUGUAGGAGAAUGUCUCAUUAAUGAGAGCGCUGGAUUACGCGAAACAUUUUACAAUUCUGAGUGGUACAGUAAACCGCCACUGUAUGUAAAAUCAGUUAGUAUUUGUAUGACACGAAUUGAGAAGCCAUUGAUAUUGACUAACGGAAAAUUCAUUCCUUUAUCAUUGAAUACAUUUACAAGUAUAGUGAAAACUUCCAUGGCAUAUUUGUCUAUGUUACGCAAUUUUAUGUAAAAAAACUUUGAUUUAGAAUAUUUUGGCGAAAUCUAUCUGUGAAACACAAAAAAACAUAGCAUAGUGUAUAAAUAACACAAAAAAACAUAA